CCUUGAAAGGCGGAAGUGGCCACUUUCUUGCCAUAAACUUUGUUGUCCAUGCGGCUUCCGUUUACCGAGGAAACGCCGAGCUUUCAACCCUUUUAACCCGCUUUUCUGCUGACGGAACACGGCAGAAGUUCAGGUUCGAGAGCGGGACGCCUCAACUCUUUGACAUGCAGCCGCUCACAACACAAAAGGGGGUCUCCAGUGACCUGUUUGAAUCUCUGAAGCUGUAUCUGAGCAACAAGAACCGCCUGCAGCCCAUCAUCGGGCUGCGCAGCAUUACGGAAUGCGUGAAGGUGGGCUCGCCUGGCAGGGAGGCGCUGUACCUCUGCGAGGUGUGCAAGUGCCGACUGAGCAAAGGCGACAUGCGCAACCACAUCAUGGGCAGCAUGCACAGAUACAACUACACUAAAGUGUGGUACCCUCACCUGCUGUCUGACGUGAAGGACGACAGCGACAUGUCUGUGCUGGCCUGGCCGCUCAUGGAGAUAGCCAGGGUGCUGGAGGACAAGGACGGCCCGGGGGACAUCAAGCUUCUGGAGGUUGAGGAUGCUGCCUUCCAGAUGAUCAAAGGAUACAGUGACAGCGAGGCAAUCAGCUUGAUAAGGAUCCUGGCACACGGCGCUUCGCACCAGCCCACGGACACCCCCACCACGCCCUCAACCUCCGUGUGGAUGGAGGAGCAGCACAAGCAGCAGCAGGAGCAGGAGGAGGACCAGUCACAGAGGAUGGUCCUGCUGGGCCACAGGGAGGUCCUCGUCGCCGCCGACGACCCGGAUCCAUCAUCUGAUCCCUGGUCUCGGGGUUUGGUCCACCAAGUCCCUGAGCCGCGAUGUCAGGGAAACGGCAGCAACUUCUUGAAUGGCUACAAAGGAGGGAAGCCUCUUAUCGGUCUUCACAGAGUGUCUGAGUGCAUCGGCGACGACGGCUACACCGCUUGUUUCCUGUGCCACUGCUGCUGCACGCGAGUCAACAAGUGGGCUUUAAUUGAGCACGUCAGCAGCUCGGCUCAUGUCUUCAACUACCUGAUGGAAACUCGUCAUGAGCAGGUGGAGGUCAUGGGACUCGAUGUUCACACCAAUGGUAAGCUUCUUCAGUCGCUGGCCAGGCAGGUGGAGCGCGAGGAGGGAAGAGGAGACAUGGAGGUGGUCAGCGCACCCCCGUUCCUUUGCGGCCUCCUCCCAAAUAAAGGCUACAACUGGUGCAUCAAAAGGCUUUGGAAGAGGAACUACCCCAACACCCGCAGGUGGAAUAAAGCCAACAAAGGUUCAAGGGUCAACAGGCCGCCCAAACAUCGGGAGAGUCACAGCCGGAAGAAAAGGACGGAGGCGAAACCCACCGUGUUCAAGGUAAGCCUGCCUCUUACUGAAGGUCCGCUGCUGCUGGAGAGGACCUCUUUCAGCCAGGAGAGCCCGCCCGGCUCGCCGGUCCCGUGGCCCAAAUCUCAAAAUGCUGAGCCUAAUUUGGAGUCGGAGGUGCCCGGUUUGAACAUAAACUCUGAGCCGCUUGCCGAGAGCCAGUCCUUCAACGUGAGUCUUGGCGAGGAUCGAUACGUUCCGGCUGACUUGGCUGUGGAGCACUACGUCGGUCAGCCCAACAUGGACGACACAAACCCGGGGACGAACUGCAUGAACGAGUGGCAAAGUGGUGCGCCGGGCGCCGAGUGGUCCGCCUACAGCCACGCCUUCUCGCACAAAGAGGACUACGCCUUGCAGUUUUACAACUCUUCCUCACGCCCGAGUGGGAACGCUCACUCGGACGUUCCCGCCACCGCGUGCCACUUUGACUACCGGCAUCAGCCCACCGCCCCGUCCACGUCACACGGCAUCAGCAGUGUCGCUAUGGUCACCGCUGGGCACCACCUCAACGCCCAGAAGAUGCCGCCUCCCUUCGUUUACCCCCCCGCUGCCCAUGGCAACGGCACGGCCCCGGCGGGACACAGCGUCCACAUUCACGGGAUCAAGCAGGAGCGAUAUCAGACAUACACGCAAUUCCAAAGCGGGCCCGCCCAGGCGGACCAGACCUACUGGACUCAACCUGUGGCCUACCAGGACGUCCAAUUUGGUCAAGGGCAGGUGUACCAGGGUUAUAACACGUCGCCCUGGGGAUCACAGCCCUCGCCUUACUGUCCACACCCAGGCGGACACUGGGGUGCUCACCUGAAUGCAUCUGUCCCACCUGGGCCAGCUCUCUGAAGCCACCAGCUCUGACAAAAUACCAAUAUUUACUUGGAUUGACACUUUUUUUGUUUGUUUACUUUCAUUUGGUUUGAGGGAAAAGAUCAAUCUAUUUGCCACAAUGUGGAGAAGUAAAAAGGGACACUGUUUGACUGUUAUAAUUUUAAGGCAAUUUUCACCAUGGGUCCAGUAUAGUUGUCCACAUAACUCCUACAAAUGUGAAAAUGGACAUUGAACACAUUUUGGGUGUUGCAUCAUGUGUGUCGCCUGAUGGUGCGUUUGUGUGUUCAGAUGGAAACGUUCUGUAAUGCUAAAAUUUUGUUCAAUUUGCAUUUCCUAUAUAAACCAUCAGAAGUGUG